CCGCACUGACAGCUCAACUGUCACUUUUUUAUUUAUCUGGCCGCAGUAAACAUGUAAACAGUGUUGCAGGUGAAAAUCUACACAAUAGUUUUUGCGCUUUUGUGGGUGAAAAAUCGAUACUAAAGUGUAGCAAACAGCAGAACUGUAUUGUAGUAAAUAAGUAUCAUGGAUUCCGACGAUGGAGGUACGAAGCGGUCGGGCAGGGGACGCGGACGCGCUAGAGGCUCUCGGGGACGUGGUCGCGGUCGCGGUCGUGGCCGUGGAAAGAAAGCAACCCGUGUAAUCUCGUCCGAUGAAGAAGAGGAGGAGGUGGUUCCAGAACCGGAAAAGGAAACUGCGAAAGAAAACGCCGCUGCGGCGGAGAAGUCUGCCCCAGCGGCCACUUCCACCAAAGGACGCAGCGUCGAGCAGGAACCAGCAAAGGAACCGGUACCCCCUGUAGCUGCACCACAACCGACGGCUACCACACAACCAGCCGAGUCAAAUCCCGAACCCUUACCGGAUGCGAGCAUUCUUCCGGCUCCUACCAGCGCACCUCUUAUCAUCGACAUGGAGGCGGACAUUUCGCAGCUGGAAGCACCCACCUUCACCACCAUCAGCCGUGGUCCGCCGGAACCGAUGGUGCGCCUAAACUGGAACCAUAAGGUCAACCUGAUCGGGGAGAAGGUGCUCAAUCCGAUGAUCUACUGUUGCGAUCAGUGCGACAAUCCGAUCCUGAUCUACGGUCGGAUGAUACCUUGCAAGCACGUGUUUUGUCUGCAGUGUGCCCGGUCCGAUACGCUGAAGGCGUGUCCACGCUGCAAGGAGAAGGUGGUCCGGGUGGAACAGACGCGUCUCGGUACUGUUUUCAUGUGUACACACGGUGGCACACGGUACGGUAACACGGGCUGCCGACGCACGUAUCUGUCCCAGCGUGACCUGCAGGCACACAUUAAUCAUCGGCACGUUACGAAUCCUGCCCCGCCAACUCCGCUAACACCCGCCCAGACAUCAACGCAACCCCUCGCCGCUCCACCGGCCGUCCCGGUCCAACCGAUGGAGCUGUCGCCAAUGAGCAAGCUGCUGUCGGAAAAGGUAAACGCCGGUGGAGUUGCCCCACAGCGCAAAAACUCCGGCGAACAGCUUAAUUCACCCCGGGCCGGUAUGAUACGGCAGACUGAACUGGGCGAAGGAUAUUACGGUUACGGAGGCACCGGAUCGUUACCGAACGCUAGCCAUUCCACCAAUGCAGCCCAGCAGCAUCUGUCCCGCACCGGCUACUCGCCCUACGGACAGCAGACAUCAUCACCGCAGCAACAGCAGCAGCCGCAACCAUCGUCCGGGUCGUCCUCGCUGUGGAACCAAUCUUCCAAUCAGUACUAUCGCUAAGGCGCAAGCUAAAGUAGCUGGCAGGGUCAAGAAAUCUCUCCAACCGUGACUCCCAUCGGCAGAACUGACUAUUCGCCUAUGGGUUAACUAAGUCGCAGAUAUAAUAGCCUAACCAUUAUUUUGUGAGAGGCCAACACCGAGGAAAGGUGGUAGAGCCGAUCGGAGUGCCGGUAGUUUAUUGUGAAAAUGAAUGUUUAUAAACCAAUAUUAACAGACCACUACACAACUGACAAGAAUAAAGUAAACCAAUUUUAAACUUUAGCCAAAUCUCCAUGGGCUAGUUGGUUGUCUAUAUGAGUAUUAUAAAUGUUAGCGAUAUUGGUGUGAAUGAAUGUCAGAGAUCAAUAAACAACAUCCCGAUAUCGGAA